AUGGUUAAAGUGUUUGCCUACGAUGACUCGGCAGAUGUUGCCAAUUCCGUUGCUCAAUACAUUAUCAAAAUCCAAGACGAGGUGCUAGCCAGUGCCCCAACCUUCAAGCUCGCUGUUUCCGGAGGUUCCUUGGGGAAGGUUCUGAAAAGGGGACUCAUUGAGAACGACGAGAACCAGGCCAAAAUUCAAUGGGGGAAAUGGGAGGUUUACUUCUCAGACGAACGUCUGGUUCCUUUGGACCAUGAGGACUCGAACUAUGGUCUAUUCAACGAAAUGGUGCUUUCAACGCUCAAGGCUAAGGCAUUAACCCUGCCUAAGGUCUACACCAUUGAUGAGUCUCUGCUGAAGGAAGAUGGUUCCAAAGAUGUUGAGAUUGCUGAAGCCUACUCCAAGAUUCUUCCUGCCAAAUUGGACUUGAUUUUGUUGGGAUGCGGACCAGAUGGUCAUACCUGCUCUCUCUUCCCAGGCCACGAACUCUUGAAGGAAAGAUCGAAGACCAUUGCCAACAUUACCAAUUCCCCCAAGCCACCUCCACGCAGAAUCACCUUUACCUUCCCAGUCUUGGAGGCUGCCUCCAGUAUCUGUUUCGUUGCUGAAGGUGCCGGAAAAGCCCCAAUUCUGACGCAAAUCUUCUCUGAGGCUAAGUCCGGCUUGCCCUGUGAACUGGUCAACGCUACUGGCGUUCCUACGGCCUGGUUUGUCGAUACUGCUGCAGUAAAGGGAGUUCCAGUGACGGUCUCAAAGUUUUAA